GUCAUUUGUGUUUACCAUAAACAGUGGUGAUCCUCUGCAUGCACUCUGUGCUGAUUGGAGGACACAUCCAGAGGUUGCUGUUGGAGACUGCUCUGGACAUGCACCUGACGGAUGGUUCCCUGGUGUUUAUCCCCUACGACACACUGCUCUACAGCCUGCCCUACAGGGAUGUCCGCUACCCAGCCCUCAUCAACAACGGCAAGCUGCGGAGAGCAUACGACGCUGUCCUGACCGUCACCAUGGACUCAGAGGAGAACUCAUUCUACAAGGCCUACCAGAAGACUGUGAAUGUUGGGGGGGUUCCCAGACACAUCAAGCUCCACCAGAUUUCUCCUCUGUUUGGUACCAUCUACAGCUCGAUCCUCUUCAUGGCUAACGCUCUGCAGAAUGUUUGUGAUGCUGGGGAGUGGAGGUCUGGAGCCAACCUGGUGCGCCACUCCAGGAACAUGGCUUUCUAUGGUUUCAGCCAGCGGGUCCGCACCAACGGUUCCGGGGCCAGCUUGUUGAAGUAUGUGGUGCUGGACACAGAUGGGCAGUCCUGGCCUCUGCUGCCCACCCACUGUGUGGACCUGGAGGCUGGGAUGGUGAUGUCUCUGGGCCGCAGCAUCCACUUCCCAGGGGGGGUCCAGCCCAGCCCAGACUCGAGCUGCUGGUUCAUUCCAGGCACCUUAUGCACAGGAGGAGGAGUGGAUCCAUUCCAUCUUAUCAUAGUCUUCCUGUGUAUCCUUUUGACCAUUACCUUCUCAAGUGGACUCUACUACUGUAUAAGGAGGCGUAUCAACCAGAUUAGUUUAGUCAGGGGUCCUGACAAGAUCAUGCUAACCCUGGCAGAUGUGAUCUUCAUCAACCCCUCACUCAGUAAUAAGAAGCUAAGUUUAGAUGAGAGCAAAGUGGGUGAUAUGCGUAGGAAACCCUCAGACACGGAUCGUCAGAGCCUCUCUACUCCCUUCUCUGACUCCACCGUCACCCCGGCAACCUAUGCAAACUCCAACAUAGCCAUCUUUGAGGGAGACUGGGCUUGGAUGAAAAGACUCCCGUCUGGAAACUUUAAAGCCAUUACUCCCCAGACGAGUGACGUCUUUGAGUUGAUGAAGGACAUACGACACGAGAACGUCAACCUCUUCUUGGGGUUUUUCCUUGACUGUGGUGUUUUCGGCAUCAUGACAGAGUAUUGCUCACGUAGCAGCUUGCAGGACUUGCUAAGCAAUAGUGACGUUAAGCUGGACUGGAUGUUUAAGACCUCCCUGUUAUUGGACCUUAUCAAGGGCAUGAAGUACCUCCACCACCGAGGUGUUUGUCAUGGACGACUCAAGUCUCGGAACUGCGUAGUGGAUGGCCGCUUUGUGCUCAAGAUCACAGACUACGGCUACAACAAGAUUUUGAUGGCACAAAGAUUCCCAUAUGAAGAUCCCUCCGCAGAAGAGCUGCUGUGGACGGCCCCUGAGAUCCUACGGAGCCCUCACCCAGGGCUGUGUGGCACCCAGCUAGGGGACGUCUACAGCUUCGCCAUCAUCAUGCAGGAGGUGGUGCUACGGGGACCUCCCUUCUGUAUGCUGGACCUGUCUGCUGAAGAUGUCAUCCAGAAGGUGAGGAGUUCUCCACCACUGUGCCGCCCUGUGGUAUCACCAGACCGCCCCCUGGAGUGUAUCCAGCUGAUGAAACAGUGCUGGAACGAACAGGCAGAUAGGCGGCCGCACUUCAAUGACAUCUUUGACCAGUUUAAGAACAUCAACAAAGGGAGGAAGACCAACAUUAUAGACUCCAUGCUGCGGAUGCUGGAGCAGUACUCCUCUAACCUGGAGGAGCUGAUCAGAGAGAGGACUGAGGAGCUGGAGAUAGAGAAACUGAAGACUGAGAAACUACUCACUCAGAUGCUGCCUCCAUCUGUUGCAGACGUCCUGAAGGUUGGCGGUACUGUGGAACCGGAGCAUUUUGAAAAUGUAACACUUUACUUCAGCGACAUAGUAGGUUUUACCACAAUCUCUGCCAACAGCGAGCCUAUCGAAGUGGUGGACCUCCUCAAUGACCUAUAUACUCUAUUUGACGCCAUCAUUGGCAAUCAUGAUGUAUACAAGGUGGAGACAAUAGGAGAUGCUUACAUGGUGGCGUCCGGCCUACCUGUUCCCAAUGGAAACCGUCAUGCUGCAGAGAUAUCCAGCAUGGCCCUGGACAUCCUGAGUGCUGUUGGCACCUUCAAGAUGAGACACAUGCCGGAUGUACCUGUUCGCAUACGCAUAGGACUGCACUCAGGCCCAUGUGUUGCUGGGGUGGUAGGCCUCACCAUGCCCAGGUACUGUCUGUUUGGUGACACAGUCAACACUGCCUCCAGGAUGGAAUCCACAGGAAUGCCAUACCGAAUCCAUUUGAGCCAUAGCACAGCAAAGAUCCUGGUGGAUCUGAGAGAAGGCUACCAGGUUCAACUUCGUGGAAAGACAGAGCUCAAGGGGAAAGGAAUGGAGGAGACCUACUGGCUGGUUGGAAGGGACAGUUUCACUAAACCCCUGCCUGUGCCACCUGAGCUUAAGUCAGGGAAAAUGGCUCAUGGCUUGCAGAUGGAGGAGAUCAACCGACACAAGCGGAAGAAAGCGGAACAACAACUUGCCAAGAAGAAUAAAUGAUGUAGAGUUAUACAUGAAAAAUGUAUAGCAUUACAAGGUGUUCAUGACUAGAGUACUAUCUCAGUGGGAUACUCAGUACUUACACUGAUUGCCUUUUUACUCUUCCUGGAUUUUUUCUGCUGAAGAUCUUGCUAACAGCUGACUAACGCUGUGUUCUUUCAAACUUAAACGGAGCGCAAGUGGGACUCUCUCUUCAGCAAUGACAGUGGGAAAUGGGAAAAUGGGAAAAAAGGCCACAGGCUUUAUAAACUGAUGUCCCACAUCCUUCUUGCUGUCUUUCAGAACGAAGACAGCGAAGGACUUAAAGCAUCUCCUGCAGAAAGCGGUGAGGAGGCUCUUCACUGUGCGGACAGUGACUCUGACUCUGGCAGCAGGUUUGGACGAGGACAAUGUGAUGAUGCAUCAUCACUGAAAUUGUUCUUUGCAAGAAACACCUCUAGUGAAACCUGGAAACUCUCUCUCCACUUGUGUUUGCCAUUUUGACAAUCAAGGACUCUUUUUUUUACAACCAUGGCUCCAUACACUUCCUAUAGAAAUGAGAGUUUGAAAAGUCAUUGCCACAGACCAUAGCAUGUUGUGCAUAAGCAGGAAAGGGACAACGGCAUAUGUAAAGCUAUGAGCAUCUACUAAUCAAUGGGAGUUUUUAGAAAUAGACAAUGCCUCAUUAGGACAUGGUGAGUUUGCAUUACCGUACAACAUACAGUUGGCAUCAGUGGACAUAAUACUACUUCACAAUAUACUGUAGAGAUUAUUCUACAAUCAUCAUAAGAAGCCAUUCAAAGAGGAAUUUGUCUCUGGAGAAGGAGCUAUAAAUAGCAAAUGGGAUUUCGUCACUGAACCGUUAAGGUAUCACAUUUUCUCACCCGCCCCUCACCCCAGUUGUCCAUUUCUUCAAGCAGACAGCAAGUAGAAGAUGAGUCACUGGUACAGGAGGAAGAAAACACUCUCUACAGUGAUUCUCAGUGAAAAGAAAAACAAUGUUUUGACCCAGUUGCAUGAUUUAGCCUACAAUCUCUCAUUCAUCUCGAGAGCAUGUGUUCUUCUCCUGUGCUCAAAUAAACAAACAAACAAACAAACAAACUGUGGGGCAAAUAUCUAAUAACAUACAAGAGUUAUAUAAGGGUUGUACAUGUCUAUAGUAUUUAUUUACCUGUUCAUCUGUAAAUAUGAUAAGAGUAUUGCAACGAGAAACUGAAUCUACGUUUCAUGACCUACUAUGCAGCUGUAGCCGUCUCUAGCCGAUCCUACUGAGCCAUCUGAAAUGCUUCUCUAUAGGUUGUUCCCUUGAGAUGAGAAAACAGUGGUACAAGUACAAGUACAAUAUCUGGUGAUGCAACAAUGCAAUAAAAGGCUGUG